AGGUGCACAACCUUUUAUCCGAAGAUCCAAAUAACGAAAACCUCCGAAUAGCGACAUUUUUUCAGUCCUUGAAGAAAGGUCCUUGAAAACGUUCACCGAGGGCGGCCCGCAGAGGUGACAGCGGAACCUCCGGUCGGUCCUCGAAGAAAGGGGAACUAAAUCCCCAUUCAUAAAAGAGAAGAUUUACUUCCACGGAGAGGGUUUUCAUGUUUUAAAAAUUAUUUGCUAUAGAGGCUUUACCUUCUAAUUGGACACGGCCACCAUUCUGUAUCUACAAUAACAAGUUUGGAGCAUCAUCGAGCCCUGCAGUGUACGGAAGGUUGACAGAGUGUUUAUAUCAGACCUGGGCCAGUUUUGAAUCAUGAAGAUUACAAUGCAGUUAUUGAAAUCAUCGUCUGAAGAACCAUUGAAAUCUACGAAGUACCUCGAUAUAUCUGGAAACCACAUUCGUAUGAUCAAUGGACUCAGUUGCUGUACCAAUCUCCAGAUACUGAUCCUAGCAGACAAUGGGAUUACUGAACUGGAUAACGUAGAAUGCUGCCCGCAGCUUUGGAAAGUUGAUCUCAGCAACAAUCAGAUUAAGUGUUUGGAUGGAUUAAAACGAUUUAUUGCACUGGGAACACUGGACCUCUCCGGGAACCUUUUAACUUGGAAGGAACUUCAAAAGAUCCGUCACAUACAAAUACUGGACCUACGGUUGCAUGGGAACCCUGAGCUGCAGAAUGAUGUGCACUAUCGUAUGCAUGUGAUAGAUUCUCUUCCCAACGUCUGGAUGGCAGAUGGGAAUUUUGUCACUUCAAAAGAGAGAUUAUUGGUAUCUCGAUUCUUUCUGGCCUCUGCCUUAACUGGCAAUCCUGUUCGGAGCAAGAUGAACAUAAAGAUAUUUACUCCAACUGCCCAGAAGAAUCUUUUCCGGACCUGCCCUUACGGUGAAAGGACUCUGCACUUUAUGAAACAGUUUCCUUUGAAUGAACAACUAAAUUCAGAAUCUGAUCGUCGGCGAUUGAAGUACUUGGCCUACAACCUUCAGUCAGAUAUUGCAAUAGCAAUGAAAUAUACCAGCAGGUAUUGUUACAGUUAGACAUUUGCACUAGAAAUUAUGUAGUCCAGUUGGUUAGAACGUAGCCCAUUCUCUGAAUCUUGAACUUAAAUAUAUCUUGAGGAGAUUGAUAGACAAAUUCCAUCAGCAAACUUAGUUUAGUUUAGUUUAGAGAUACAGCAUGGAAACAGGCCCUUCGCCCUAAGGAGUCCGCACCGACCAGCGAUCACUGUACACUAGCACUAUCCUACACACUACAGACAAUUUUAUAAUGUUACUGUUUACUGAAGCAAGCUUACCUACAAACCUGUAUGUCUUUGGAAAGUGGGAGGAAACUGGAGUACCUGGGGAAAACCAGGUUGUCAUCAGGAGAACGUACAAACUCCAUACAGACAACGGCCGUAGUCAGGAUUGAACCCAGGUCUCUGGCUCUGUAAGGCAGAAACUCUACUGCUGCAUUACCGAAAAGGCAAAAUAAAUGAAAUUAGUUUAAGGUGAUUUCAUCCAAUUUUCUUGUGGACUCUGUCCAUUAUGUGUUUAAAAUUAUUUUUAAAUUAAUGGUUUCAUUCAGAGUCCAUACUUGAUGUUUGCUGAAAUUAAGGUACUUUUCUGGACAAUGUAAGUUGGUUCACCUCUCACAACUAUCAGGGGUUAUGGGGAGAAGGCAGGAGAAUGGGGUUCGGAAGGAGAGAUAGAUCAGCCAUGAUGGGCCGAAUGGGCUAAUUCUGCUCCUAUCCCUUAUGACCCGAUAACUGGUUCUUGAAGGUGUUAUUUUGAGAAGGAAAAGGUAGGUUCAUUGUUGUCAAUGAACAGUUAAAUAUUAAUGAGCCCAAAAUCUCUCAGUUCCUCCAUUCAAUUUGCUAACAGCAAACAUCUUUACACAAUUAGGUUUUGGAGUUUACGCGAGGUAAAUAAUUCCAAUGCCGAAUACAGCAGAGCUUUCCUUUCAAAACGUAAAACCAUUAAGGUACAAAAAUAAAAAGACAAAGAGUUGUCAAAAAGAACAGAGAAUGUCCAAAAAUGGACAUAAAGUACUGGAUUAAAGUGAUGGGUCAGGCAGUAUCUCUGGAGAACAUGGAUAGGCGAUGUUUCAGGACCUGAAAUGUCACCUAUCCAUGUUCCCUAAAGAUGCUGACUGACAUGUUGAGUUACUCCAGCACUUUGUGGCUUUUUUUUAACUAUAAACCAGCAUCUGCAUUUCCUUGUAUCUCUCUCUUAUUUAUGUUCUAACUAUAUUAGGCCCCCUAAUCUCUGCAAAUAUUUAACUGACAGUUUAUGUUCUUGUUAAAUAGCACAGAAGGAGCCAUGGAUGUUGAAGGUAAUAGGAAUACAACAUAAUGGUGUGGUAUUGAUGUUGUACCACUAGACGUCACUUGCUCACUUAGUAAAUACAUCAAGAUUUGAGUAUAAAGCAUACCAUAUGUACAGAGGGAUAACAUUGUCAGCAUACCUGCUUGGUUCCAUAAAAUACAAAAUUGGAUUGUUAAAUGUGACAGUUGAUUGGAAUCAUGGGUUUUGAAUCCAAAACUCACUCAUUUUCACACAGCAUUUAUUUCAGUAAUUAGUAAAAUAAGGUACGAGCCAUUCUUUGUUCUCUGAAGCAAGAGUAAGAACGAGCACAUUCCUCCUCAAAUGUACUUUGCAAUUUACUAUUAAAUGUGAUGUUAUCUCCUCAAAAGUAAAGAAUUGGAAAUUGAUGUUAUUUUCUAUUCAUUGAACGAAAGAUAAAUGUGGCUCUAGCAUUUUUCACUUGUUUAAACCACGAAGAUAAGUAAAGUGUGUGGAAAUGCAGACAUAGGAAAAAAGGCUCAGUCAACGACCAAAUUGCUUUAGUUGAAACCAAAUUGCAGUGAUAACGUUGGUGCUUAAUUUUUAAAUGUUCUCGUUGCUGCUGUGCAUGGAAGUAUCCGCUGUAGCUCCCGAACAAUGUUCAGCCUUUAAAGUCUGGGGAAAAACUCUACUUCUGUCUGUGGCUAAAGUUUCACUCGUGGCUCAGAGUUCUGUCACAGCAGCAACAAAAGCAAGCCUUGGCCCUUUGUCAGGGACAUGAUUUAUUUCUGGAGCCAGGAGCGUGUUUUGUAAAGCCUUCUAUUCUGCCAUACACAAUGCGCAGCCACUGAAUUUUAAUAGUAUGGCUUGAAGACAGACAUGUUUUCAAAAGGAAUAGGGCUUUGGGUCCCUCUGAAUCCCAGCCUAGAUGACUGACAGAGUUUAUACAGCGGGAUGAAUAGCACAUGGUCUGGUAGACCUUUUAUUCUGCCUGAAAGAAUAUUUACAGAAAGUUUUGCAAGCUUGUUGAAUUUUUUUUCUCUUUCCCCCCUCCCCACCCUGUGUUUAAGCCCUCUCCAUAAAUGGCUUUAUUUUCUUUCAUUGUCAAUGUUUUCUUGACUGUGAUUCAGUCAGAAGGAAGAUUACAGGGGUUUUUGGAUCCCAGUAGCAACUUAAAUGUGUGUUGUAAAGGAGAAUUUGGGGGGUGGGGAGCUGGAGGUUUUCUGGAGACCUUUGCUGAAAGCUUCCAAAAUUCAAACUUGUCCUACACAAUUGUUUUUGAGCUGCAGUACCUUUUACUUCAAAAGUAUUUGGGGGAGAUUCUGCCAUCAACAACGUUUGUCUAGUUUUUUUAUGGUUAAGCAAAGCUGAAUGUUACAGUAUGUCAGCCAUAAUUCCAUAAUUCCAUCAGUAUCUGAGUUUUAAUUUAUCCACAACUGAUGGGAUAUAAAGCUUAAACCUUUUAGGUUAUUAAGAAUGAACUAUGAAAUGUAAGAGUUCUGCGACAAGGUAAUGGCUGCAUCUAUCCCCUUUCUAAAAUGGCAGUGAGACAUAUGUUUAUGCACAGUUUAGUGCUAAUUGCCCUCAUUACCCAAUGCAGGAAUUAUAAACCACAAACUGUCGCACGAUGACAUGCCUUUUUUUUUGUGUGGAGAAAUGUCAAUGUUCCAGCAGAAUAGCC